CGCGCCGGCCAUGCAAGUAUUUCUCCCCCUCGCUGUUCCGUGCGGCAGCCAUCUCCCCCAUCCGCCUGCCAGGCCAAGCGUCUCCUCCCUCUCAGCACCGGAUCGCAUCCCGCUGCCAUGAGCUCCAGCAAGCCCGCCAAGAAGACCUACGUCCCCGAGGAGCCGCCCAAGGUCCCCAUCUUCCCCUCCCAGCCUCCGCCGUCAACUUUCUCCGAGAAGUUUGCCCAGUUCACGAUCGAGAACCGAUGGAUCUUGGUUCUCUUUGCCGUCCUGCCCCUGUCGUUCAUCUUUGACCGCUACUGGGUUGUCCGCGACUUUUUCGUCCGCACCAUCGGCAGCCACUUCCGAAAGCAUGACGAGACGGUGCGAUUUAUCCAAGCCCAGAUCGAACACUGGCGCAAGUCGGGCUCCAAGAACCUGCUCUGCACUGCCCGCCCCUCGUGGAUGCAGGUCACCGCCAAGGACAACGGCCCCCAGUACAAAAAGAAAGACAACGCCAUCCUUAUGCCCCUGUAUGACAUCCUCGAGAUCGAUACCAAGCGCCGCGUCGUUCGUGUCGAGCCCGGUGUCAACAUUGGCCAGCUGACCCAGUUCCUGAUUCCCCGCGGCUGGACCCUGCCUAUCGUCCCCGAGCUUGACGACCUGACCUGCGGUGGCAUGCUUCUUGGAUACGGUAUCGAAGGAUCUGGCCACAAGUACGGUCUGUGGAACGACAUUAUUGUCUCGGCCGACAUCAUUGUCGGCGACGGCUCGCUUGUGCACUGCUCGGCCACCGAGAACAGCGACCUCUUCCGCGCUCUUCCUUGGUCCUACGGCGGUGUUGGAUUCUGUGUGGCCAUGGAGAUCCAGAUCAUCCCCUGCAAGAAGUACUGUCGCUUGAUCUACGAGCCCACGGCCUCGAUCGAUCAGAUGGUCGAUCGCUUCACCGAGAUUGCCUCUGCCGAAAACCCCCACGAGUUCCUUGAGGGCCUGAUGUACGACUACAACAACGGCAUCCUCACCUACGGCGAUUUUGCGGACGAAAUCGGCAGCGACGGCUACUACAACCCCAUCGGCCACUACUACAAGCCCUGGUUCCACCGCCAUGCCGAGACCAUCAUGAAGAAGGGCAAGACCGUUGUCGAGUACAUUCCCAUCCGCCACUACUACCACCGACACACCCGAUCGCUCUACUGGGAGCACGAGAUCAUGUUCCCCAUGGGCAACCACCCUAUCUUCCGCUACUUCCUCGGUUGGCUUAUGCCCCCAAAGGUCAACUUCCUCAAGUACACCCAGACCGAAGCCAUGCGCGCGCACUCGCUCGAGGUCCAUGUCGCCCAGGACUUUUUGCUUCCCAUUGAGUGCAUGAAGGAGGGCCUCAAGCUCUGCCACGAGACCUACGAAAUCUACCCCCUGUGGCUCUGCCCCCACGCUGUCUUCAAGACCGAGCCCCAGGGCGCCAUUCGCGCUCCGACCAACGGACAGGACAUUGAGCAGUAUGUCGACAUUGGUGUCUGGGGUAUCCCUGGUCCCGUUACCCGCGGCCAGCGAUACGACGUCCACUGGGGCAACCAGACCUACGAAAAGUGGCUGCGCGAGAACCGCGGCUACCAGGCCAUGUACGCCGUCAGCGAGCAGACCCGUGACGAGUUCAACGAGAUGUUCGACCAGGAGCUUUACGACCAGGUCCGCAACAAGUACAAGUGCAAGGGUGUCUUUAUGGAUGCCUACGACAAGAUCUUUGCCAAGGUGUACCGCAAGGAGACCAAGAAGCAGGUCUAAGCACCCUUGACUAGGCAUCUCUCGCCAAAGCACCUUUGCCCAAGUACCUUUGCCCGAGUGCCUUGCUCGAGUGUCCUGCUGUCGACAGCUUUCCCAGGACCCAUGCUCGGAUGACCACACCCGUGAUCCACCUUGAUUCACAUCGACCGACUUUACAACCAUCCAUGGCCAUCCUAUCCAUGAUCUGUGUGCAAUGCAGCUAUUCUGAAGAAUAUAAGUCGCAUCCUGAGA